AAGACGAAACGGGCCCACACCACACAACCGAACGGAGGAAAAAGAGAGGAAGGGGAAAGGAAGCGAGCUCACUCGCCGACAACGCCGCGCCGGCACCAGCCACCGCCCCGGCAUCCACGCCUCCGCCACCGGCUUCGCCUGCAAGGAUACCUGUGGGCAUAUGGCAUAGCUACUAUCAAGCAUGAGUCUGCCAUCAUGCAAAGCCCUAUCACAAUUCACAAUUUCUGGCACCUCUGCCUCCACAGAAACAGCCCCUGCUACAUGUGGGAUUCAAGGGUGGGCUGAUCUCCCUGGAGGCCCACUCCAGUCUAUUGUUGCCCUCCUGGGCUCCUUCACUGACCUCCUUGCCUUCAGAAGCACCUGCCGUUCUUGGCGUGCUGCCUUCUCAUCAUACCCAUCCAAAUCCAGGUUCUGUGCCUUGCUCCCACCUCUCCUCGUCAGGCCCAAUAUCCCCGUGCGUGCACCUGAUGGCAACGAGCUGCGCAGAUGGCAGGUCAUUGAUCUAGCCAAUCCAAAAACGGAUCUUUGCUGCCAGAUUCCUCAAGAAAUAUGCAAGGCUAUGCACUUUGCCGGCUCCUCUUAUGGUCAGCUGAUAUGCGGCCUUCGCAAAGAUUGCCUCAUUGUCGAUGUGUUCACUGGUGCCAGAGUUUGGGCACCACCGCUCCCACUUAACGAGGACACUUUUUUCUACUCUGGCAUGCUGACCGCUCCUCUUGCACUACAAGACUCGCACCUCCUUGUCUGUGUAGUAUCCAGCCAGCACAGUGUUCCGGCCUCCCUUCUUGACUGGUCAGUUGGAAGUGAUUGUUGGUCGGAAAUACAGCUCGGUAAUUCACUGAUCGAGCAGAUUGUGGAGUUCAAUGGCCAGUUCAUCGCGAUGGACAGCUACUACAGGCUCUACACUCUAUCCUUGGGCCCCCAGCUUGGUCUGCAGGAGAUGACAACUGUGUGGUGGGACGACAAUGACAUGCAUGGAUGCCCAUUCCGAAGGCCAUGGCUUGUGGUAUGCAGUGGCAUGCUUCUAAUUGUGGACUACUACUUGAGUGUCACAUCAUCUGGAGCACCUGUCAACUACAAAGCCUACCACCUGGAUAUGUCCACUGAACCUGCAACUUGGGUGGAGGUGGUGAAGCUGGAGAAUGAUGCCAUUUUUAUUGGGGGUGAUGUGAGGAGCCCGCCGAUCUCUUGCAUGAGCCCAGGACGAUGGGGCGGGAGAAGCAACUGCCUGUACUAUGCUCAUUACAGACAACCCUGGGUCUUGCAUGGGCUGGGUGAUGAUGUAGAUGCUGUUUGGGAUGAUUCCACUGACCCUGGCCUUGGGUUCAAGAGGGACUGGUACAUCCAGCUUCAGCCAUUCUGGGUGUACCCGAGCAUGUUCUACUCAGAUGGACAACAGUGAUCCUUGCCCGUCCUAUGUUGCUGAAAUUUCGCCUUCGAGUUCUUUGGGUAGCGAAGACUUCUGCAUUUGAAUAGAUGAUGCCACUAUGGUAAUGUAGUUAAAAGAAGUUGUUUAGCGCUUACAGGUUUAUCAUUUUUCUCACUGAGAGUGGUGCCCCUGUUUGGUUGAGCGGGCCGUCUCCCUAUCUGAGUGAGGUGUUGGUAUUGUUCUAGUAUAUGGUUUGUCAAAAAAAAAAAAGUAUUCUAGUAUAUGCAUUAGAGAUUUCAAUUUUUGUGUAAUUGCUAAAUAAUUUGUGUAUCUGAAGAAAGAUGUAUGCUCUUGAAAAACAGUAUGAAGGAGAAUUACAGAUAUGAGUGUUCUGUCUUUACCUUA